CUUUCCUCUCCCUCCUUGCAUCUUUGAACUGGUGUCGAGAAGAACGAGUCUGAGGAGGCUUGUCUCCAGUCGGGGGGAUAUGGGCGAGCAAGCGGAACCGAUGCAGUGGUUCGUGUCAAGGCAGCGUCAAAAUUCAGGGCAGUGAUGCCUGGCAUGGUGAUGUUUCGGCGGCGCUGGUCAGUCGGCAGUGAUGACCUGGUGCUGCCUGCCCUCUUUCUGUUUUUGUUGCACUGCAUCUGGCUGGUCGUUCUCUCCGUGGUUUUGUUCGGCCUUCCCUAUGGCUCUGACCAGUCCUGUUCUAUCACACUGGUGGACCAUGGCCGAGGGUACAUGGGUAUCUUGGUCAGCUGCCUUAUCUGUGAGAGCGCCAUCAUGUGGUUGAGUAUGAGAGGCAGCAUCCUAUACACACAGCCCAGGGAAGCUGUGCAGUAUGUCAUCUAUAUCCGACUAGCCAUUCUCCUGGUAGAGCUCGUAUAUGCAGUCGUGGGAAUUGCCUGGCUUCUUCAGUAUUACCAGCCGUGCUCUGAUGUCACCGCCAAAAAUCUAGCUUUGGGGAUUGUUGCGUGCAACUGGCUAGUGAUAUUGAGUGUCUGCAUUACACUUAUGUGCACUUUCGAUCCCACCGGUCGGACAUUUGUCAAACUGAAAGCAACUCGCCGGCGUCAACGAAACCUUACGACAUACACUCUAAGACACAGACUUGAGGAAGGCCAGACCAGCAGCUGGAGCAGGAGGCUGAAAUUCUUUAUGUGCUGCACAAGAGCCCAGGACACACAAUCGGAUGCAUAUUCAGAGGUGGCAAGCCUUUUUGCAGAGUUCUUCAGAGAUCUGGACAUUGUGCCUAGUGAUAUUAUCGCUGGCUUGGUACUCCUUCGUCAGACACAGAGGUCUAAAAGAUCAUCUAUCCUGGACCAGGGCAACAACGAUAUCUUAGCCUUCCUGUCCGGGAUGCCUGUUACUCGCAACACUAGAUAUCUGGAUCUGAAGAAUUCGACUGAGAUGGGCAUGUACAAGGAUGUGUGCUACUACAUGCUCUUUGCUCUCGCUGCAUAUGGUUGGCCCAUGUACCUGAUGAGAAAGCCAGCAUGCGGACUGUGCCUCCUUGUUAGCACCUGCCCCUGCACAUCAGUGUCUGGCUCACGUUUGUCCCAGUCAGUGACAGUGGAGGAGGACAAUUGUUGUGGUUGUAAUGUUUUGGCCAUACGCAGGCAAUUCUUGGACCGGGAUCUCAAGCAGGUUCACAUUGUCUACACUUCCUGCCAUGAUGCUGUUUAUGAGACUCCAUUUUUUGUGGCAGUGGAUCAUGAAAAGAAGAAGGUGGUCAUCAGUAUCAGAGGGACAUUAUCACUAAAGGAUGCCUUGACUGAUUUGUCGGGAGAUUCUGAGCGUUUACCAGUGGAGGAGCAGCAAGGGACCUGGCUUGGACACAAGGGGAUGGUUUACUCAGCAGAGUACAUAAAGAAGAAACUGGAGCAGGAAAUGAUAUUGUCGCAAGCUUUUGGCAGAGACUUGCCCAUAUUAGUGUGCCAGUGUGAUGAUUGGGGCCAUCUCUCACAGAACAAGGGCACCAUGCAUUAUGGACUGGUGAUAGUAGGCCAUUCUCUUGGUGCUGGGACUGCUGCAAUUCUCUCCUUCCUGCUGAGACCUCAGUAUCCCACACUUCACUGCUACUCUUACUCCCCUCCUGGUGGCCUUCUUAGUGAGGAUGCCAUGGAGUACUCCAAAGAGUUUGUCACCUCUGUAGUAUUAGGAAAAGAUCUAGUACCAAGACUGGGCCUGUCACAAUUAGAGGGCUUUCGUCGCCAUCUGCUUGAAGUUCUACAAAAAAGUAACAAGCCAAAGUGGAGGAUCAUCGUGGGAGGUACUAAAUGCGUCCCAAAGUCGGAGCUUCCACUGGAGGAGGAGGAUCCUCCGUCUCAGCAAGCAGCACCUCCCAGUCGCCUGUGGCUCCAUCCAAGUGACCUCAGCAUCGCCCUCUCAGCCUCGACUCCCCUCUACCCUCCUGGUCGCAUCGUCCACGUGGUGCACAACCAUCCUCCAGAAACCUGCUGUGGUCAAGAAGAGCCAACGUACUCGGCUCUUUGGGGGGACAACAAGGCCUUCAAUGAGGUCAUCAUUUCGUCUGCCAUGCUGAAUGAACACAUGCCUCACAUGGUGAUGGAGGGUCUAAACAAGGUACUGGAGAACUACAACAAGGGAAAGACGGCUCUGCUGUCUGCAGCCAAGAUCAUGGUGAGCCCGACAGAAGUCGACUUGAACGCUGAGAAUGUGUUCAUGGCUGCAUCUGCGGCAGCACAGCAGCCGAUGGCUACGACCCACCACCACCGCAGGAACAGUAGUGUUCGUUCCUGUGCCCAGUCCGAAAUAUCUCUGGAUGGUUUCUCUGAGUGCGCUCCUCCUCCAGUGCCCGUAGUGUUGCGUGGAGCACGGGAGCGCCUGACUGUGGAGCUUAGGGACCGCAAAGCUCCGUUGGCUGUCAUGGAAAGCCUGUCAGACGCUGAAUCGGUCUACAGCCUGGAUUCCAGGCGCUCCUCUGCUGCACUUAGAGGUUCUCCGAUGCUUAGUAGCCUCCCGUUCCCUUUGGAUGCCCCGAUUCCUGAAGAGAAUCCGUCUCUCAGCUCUCGCACUGAACUGCUGGCAGCUGACUGCCUCUGCCAGGCCACACCAGAACACAUGGGGGAGAUCGGGCCUUUCUUUACGCCACUGGACCCCGUGUCUAAUCCGGAGUACUCGAUAGAGCUUUCCCCCGCCACACCUCGCUUCAGUGGACAUUAUUCCCCUCAGCCUUUUGACGCAGAGUCUAACAUCUACUCUAAAAUUGACCCUGAUGUGGAAGAGAUGCCGGGCGUCUACAGCCCAGGUAGCACCCCUGACGCUCCCCGCAGUCCACAAAUUGCUUCGAGAGCAAUGGAUGGCGACAAAGAACAGUGGGAGUUUGGCACGGAGACUGGACGGGAAAAUUCCCCGCCGUCACCCCAGUUAUCAAAUGGGAACCCCAGCCGAACAGUGCUGGAGUUUGCCCAGUACUUGGACUCUCUAUUUAAACUAGAUGGCAGCAGUUCACCUCCAAUGGAUCUAUCUGAUGGGGAGUCGGAGUCGGGACGCGGCUCUCUAGGCCACGUGGAGUGUUUGGCGGAUGAACCGGAUGACAAGCGGCUUCUGGCCAGGGCAACAUUGGAGCCCAACUUGGUCCCCAAACCCCCACGCACUUUUGCUGGAUCUGCUGACCCCUCUUCGGGCAUCUCCUUGUCACCUUCCUUCCCUCUUUCAUCAUCUGAGGAACUCAAUGACCUUUCACCCGGUGAGGGUGCCCCUCCCGCCAUCGAAUCUCUACGGACAUCUCUCCCUAUCCACUGUCCUGAGGAGAACACUCUGUCCUCUAUGGUGUAGUCUUCUAACUUCAAACAACUCCAAUUGAAGUGACAGACAUCCAAUAUUUAAAUAAAGAAAAAUUUAAAAAAAUCACAGUAUGUGCAUGCGAUGGUCAUGGAAUGUAUGUAGUCACAUAAGGACAAAACUUGACUUGCCGACUCACAAACAAUUUCCAUUCUUCAGGUGUCCUCCUCCCUCUUAAAGGAUGCUUCUAGCAUUUUCGCACUAUUGCAAUGACUACAAAGAAGAUACCUCUCUGCAUGCCAGGGGGCUGUGCUGCUUUUGGGUGGAAAUGAACAACUGUAGCUUCACAAAUAUCGUUCCAAAACAAUGUCAUGGUACAUUUCAGCAUAUGUUCAUCCCCUGACUUGACUCUACAAAAGAGAGAGUCGUACGUUAACUUUGCAGGGAUUCAAAAGCUAACACUGUAGAAGAAGCUAUCAUCUUAGGUUGGGUUGAUGUGCUCUCCUACUUCCUGCACCCUCAGCGGCAUAUUUUCUUCCUGCAUUUUAUUUUUCAUUGCUCAUUCAGGAAUGUGAAGUAUGUCGGUUAGUAGGAGUGUGAAGACGUGACACAAUGUUCCUCAGGUCUAUACGGAGUUGGUGUCGAGAAAAAGAUGGUGUGGGUGGUUGAAGUCGUGUCUUAAAACAUUUGCUGAUUGUGACGUUAUUACAGACGCUUAUGGAUGUUUUUAAGCCUUUUUGGUUACUCUUUACAGUGCAUGAAAGUUCUUUUGUCUUUCUUUUCAAAGAGGGUUUUAUCACUAAGCCACUUGGAUUGACAAUUAGGUAAAUCAUGUUUGCUUAGUCCCCCUCUUUACUAAAUACCUUGAUAUUGCCAAAUGUAUUUCUCAGAUGUACUUUUGUAUAUGUUUAUUGCUUUAUUUGAACACAAAGAGCUAUGUUUAUGUCCCAGCCCUGUCAUUCCCAUGGAGACUGUUACACACCACAGGGAAAACACCGGCAUGGCUUCUCUGUUACCACUGCUCAUUUGUGUCAACCUUCAGGCCGCAAUAACCACCUCGCUCAUAAUUUUCUUUCUUACCUAGAGACGGUACCGUUCUCGCGGUGUUUUUUUUUUUUUUGCAGUUUCACGAGGACAAAUGCUGCCAUCAUGUCAAAGAAAUCCAAACCAGGCUUCUCAUCACUUGUUCUCAAGGUGCUCUCAGACAUGAUGGACAUCAGGUGUUUGCUUCCCUUUAAUGGAGUUCGCCCCGCUCUUCCUCUGGGUUGGACUUCAUGGAUAAAUGAGCCGGUGUCAAUUCUACAUGUGGCAAACAAUCUUCCAUAUCACCGAGGGUGUAACAGGUGAACGGGUGGUUUACUACUUGUGUUAUUUAUUACGAUAAAUGGUUUCACUUUUAUUGCUGUAUUUGAUGGUAAUAUCUUUAAUGCCCUUGCAACAGACUGAUGUUGGUGUUUUUUUAUUCUUUAUCUUGAAUCUUUUUUGGGGGGUAUUUUUUUAAGAGGUUUCCCAGAAGUUGUGCAUUUAUGCUUUUUUUCCCCUGUCCAAGUGGGAAAGUAUUUAACAUUCGGCCACGGCACAUUUACGAAUGUUCCAUUGUGAUGAGACAUUCUGCAGAAUGACCGUUGGUGGAAUGCCUAGGCUGGAGUCAUCAACGCGAUCUGCUCCGUUUCUUGUUUGGAACAAGAGUUGUAACUCACAGCACAUCUCACAUCUUGCCAGUUUACAAUCUGUCACUGCACAGAUCAUCUUGCCAGCCCCUCUUUCCUCUCACAAAUACUCUUGGGUUCUAAACCCAUUCAGCAAUGAAGCCUGCAACCAGUCAAAGCACUGUUUGGCCAUGAUGUGUACAGCACCAUCCCCUGUGUGUAUUAUUUAUGCAGAUGGCUAAAAAGAAUACUUCCAAUAGCCUCAUAGAGAACAACUGUAUAACAAAAAGAAGAUAGCUAUAUAUUUAAAAUAUCAAUAUUGACAUAUAACACAAGAAAUAUAUGAUCUGUAAGUUAUUUAUUGAAACUCUUGGAAGAUUUUACAAAUUGUUCCAUAAAGAAAGAGGAAUAUUUGCAUCAAUGUCUGUCUUCAUGUUUAUCUGGUUUGCUUGCUACCCCCAAUGGGACUGUAUGUGAUCCCUCCUCUUACUGAACUUGCCCGUUAUGGAAUAAAUUAAAAACCAUG